AUGAAGAUACUAUGUGUUGCAGAGAAACCGUCAAUUGCAAAAGCUGUGGCAAAUAUCUUGGGAGGAGGACGAACAUCAUUACGAGAUUCAUCAGAAAAAUUCAUCAAAAACUACGAUUUCACAUUUACUUUCAAACCUGAAGAUGGCCCUUGUCAAGUGACCAUGACUUCGGUUGUUGGACAUAUCACGAAUCUUGAGUUUGAGUCGGCUUUUGCCUGGGGGAAAUGUGUUCCUGGACGACUAUUUGAUGCAGACAUAUUGACCGUUAUUACCAAGAAAGCUGUUCAUGAAAACAUUGCAAAAGAGGCAAGAAACGCUGAUAAAUUGAUGAUCUGGACAGAUUGUGAUAGAGAAGGGGAAUACAUUGGAUUUGAAAUUAUGAAUGCUGCCAAAAAAUACAAUAGGAACCUUGAGUUGAACAAUAUUUGGCGAGCCAAGUUUUCACAUCUUGAACGAAAUCAUAUUAUUCGAGCAGCAAAGAAUCCCGUGAACUUGGAUAUGAGCGCAGUAGCUGCUGUCUCGUGUCGUAUGGAAGUUGAUUUUCGAGUGGGUACCAGUUUUACACGUUUGUUGACUGAUCAAUUGCGACAAAAGGGGAUAAUUGAUGGGACACAGGUGGCUUCUUAUGGAACAUGUCAGUUUCCGACGUUGGGAUUUGUUGUUGAUAGAUAUAAACGAGUGAAAAAUUUUAUACCGGAACCAUUUUGGCAUAUUGAGGUUGAAACAAGGAAAGAAAACAAAAAGACAGUUUUCAAUUGGGUUCGAGGUCAUUUUUUUGACAAGUUGUAUGUGGUUAUGCUUUACGAACAGUGCUGCAAGAGUGGGGAAUAUGGAAUCAUAUCAAAGAUAGAAUCAAAGAGGAAACCCAAUUUCCGUCCCUUCCCAUUGACAACGGUUGAAUUACAAAAAGAUUGUGCUAGGUUUUUUAAGAUGUCUGCCAAGGCAGCAUUGGAAGCUGCUGAAAAGCUUUACAAUCAGGGGUUUUUGUCGUAUCCGAGAACUGAAACUGAUAGAUUUGCCAAAGAAACUGAUUUCAGGAGUUUACUAGAAGUCCACAAGCAAGAUUCUCGAUGGGGGAGCUACACAACUGAGCUUUUAAGCCAAGGAUAUCAAGUUCCUCGGAGUGGUUCUCAUGAUGAUAAGGCGCAUCCUCCAAUCCAUCCCAUCAAAUAUGUUUCCUUGGAUACUCUAAAAUCCAUCAACGAAAAAAAAGUGUAUGAAUACGUUGUACGUCGGUUUAUUGCCUGUUGCUCAAAAGACGCUGUUGGUAUGCAAACCGUGGCGACUUUAAAAUGGGGAGACGAAUUCUUCACAGCAAAUGGAUUAAUGGUGCUUGAAAAAAAUUAUUUGGAUGUGUAUAUAUACAAAAAAUGGGAAAGCUCCAAGCAGUUACCAAAGUUCACGGAAGGAGAGCGGAUCAAGUUGGCUAGUGGAGUAUUGAAAGAGGGAAAAACAAGUCCGCCGAAUCAUAUGACUGAGCCUGAGCUAAUUGCAUUGAUGGAUGCCAAUGGUAUUGGAACAGAUGCUACUAUUGCGGAGCAUAUCCAUAAAAUAGAGAAUAGAGGAUAUAUUGCUAAAUCGAAAAAGGGAAAGAAUGAAUUUAUUGUCCCUUCACUCUUAGGAAUGGGACUCAUAGAUGGCCUUGACAAAAUGGAAUUUGAAGAUAUAUCGCUAUCAAAACCAUUUUUACGAAAGUCAUUGGAACGAUCGCUUGAGGAAAUAGCGACCGGAUCUCGGUCCAAAGUGGAUGUUUUGAAUACAACAAUAAGCGUAUACCUAGACGCUUUUGGUGUUUGUUCUCAUCAGAUACUAGUUUUGUGCAAUGAAUGUAGAAGAGUUUUACGUGGAAAUAGCAGUAACAACAACAACAACAAUAGUAACAAUAAUACGUAA